GUUCACAACCAAGAUCUCAUUCUUCAUUCAUUCGUUGGUUCUCUUCAUUCAUUCCCUCUUUGACUUGUCUUAAUUUCCUUCCUUCCUUGCCUGCGUAUUAUAAUCAACCUGGCUAUAUCUUCUUCAUCUCUCUCUCUCCUCAGGAAACAAAAUCAAAAUAGAAAGCAAAAAAAUCUAAGCAAAGCAUAGAGUUUGGAGGAAAGAUGCAUCUUAGAUGCUCCACGUGGCAGUUGUUGAUUGGAACAGAUAUAGCGGGGCUCCAACAUCAAGACCCCUCUUUCCUGCCAUGCCAGACUACUUACUCACUAACUCUUCUCUUCCUCCUCUCCUCCUUGCUUUAUGUAUGUAUGCAUCCAUCCAUCCAUUCAUCCAUCCCAUCAUCAUCUAUAGUCUCUCCUCCCCUUUUUUACGAACCCGGCAAAUCCGUAUCUUAUACUACUUCUCUCUAUUUCUCUCUCUCUCUCUUUAUUUAUUCUUCUUCUCGGUUCUCUCGUAUCAGCUGCUGCUGUUGUUUGCCCUAAUUCUAUUUCUGAUUCCCCUUUUGUUCUUAUUGACUACUCUCUUAAUCAAUAUAUCCAUCUUCUUAUCCAUGCUUUGAUCUUCCUCUUCUUAUUCUUAUUCUUCUUUUUUUUUUUUUGUGAAUUUAUUUGGGUGGAGAAUCUGUGGGCUGCUUAUGCGUUGAGCUUCAUCAGAAAAGGGACUGAGCCUUGUAGCUUUGCCUGAUACAUGGGAGUUGGGAUUCUUGUCUGGGGCCAUUUACUCGUGCCAUGCAUCUGGCUUUUUCUAAGUUAAACCCAGGAAACUGAAGAUGAGGGAGAAUGGUUCUAUGCGUAAUAAAGGGAUCGAUAAAGGUUGGGUAAAGAAACGUAAACGGAGAAAGAUUCCCUGUGGCCCAGUUUUGUCUGCAACAAAUGGUAAAGAAAGUGUAUCUGUUGUAUGUUCAGAAAUUAAUUCGAGGAUCACUCUGCCUGCUGAUGACAAGCUGACUAGUGACAACAUCUCGCCUCUAUCUUUACGGAAAAGGAAAGGAGAUGAUGGGUACUACUAUGAAUGUGUAAUAUGUGAUGUUGGUGGCAACUUGCUGUGUUGUGAUAGCUGUCCCCGAACAUAUCAUUUAGAGUGCCUUAAUCCUCCUCUCAAGCGUGCUCCUCCUGGGAAGUGGCAAUGCCCUAACUGUGUUGAUGCACAUGGCUCUCAAAAGUCCAUGAGAUGUCCGGAGUCUUCAAGGCGGGUAAGAAGAAAGCUUGAAAUAUCUGGGUUUGGAGUUAAAUCAUCUGAAUCUGACAAGUUAGGAGCUUCGAAAAGCUUCAAUCCUGGAAAGAAAAGUUCCUCUAGCAAAGGCAAAUAUGACGGUUUAUCUGAAAGUAGAUCAAAAUCCAGCCAUUCAUCACAUGAGGCUGAUGCAGGCGACGUAGAACCGUGUGGAAAUAUCGAUAAUGAGAAGAAGCCAAACUUGUCUCCAAAAGAGGCAUCUAAGAAAAGGGAGUCAAGUUCAUCUACUAUGAAGGCCUCAUCUUCUGAAAGAGAUUUUGAGUUGCAGCCUAUUGAUGAGUCUGACGAGAAGAAGGUCCCAAGUCAUAGUGAAGCUCCAAAAGACAGGCUCACUUCUCCAUUGGGUGGUGUCAGCAGUAAGAAAUCCAGGAAAAAAAAGAAAAAAGUUAAGAAGCUCUUGGAUCCAAAUAACAAAACUCCAGAGAGGAAAUCUGACAUCCCAUGUAGUACUGGACCUUCUGCGGAGAUCGUUAGUUCUACUAUGAAUGGUGCCACUCAGAGAGUCCAAAGUGGGAAGAAAAAGGACAAAAAGGUCGUGGAGCCUAAUGAUGGAUCUUCUGAUAGAAAAUCUGAGAUCCGGUGUAGCACUGGAUCUCCACCAGACAUGGUUAUAUCUACACUGGGUGGUGCUGAUACUAGAACGAGACUAAGGAAGCGAAAAGUUGAAAAGGUCUUGGAACUGAAUGAUGGACCUUUAGAGAAGAAAGUCGAUAUCCUGCACGUUACUGGUUCUUCGCAAGAGAUGCUGAACUGCACACCAGGUGGUACUGACAGUCAGAAAGCCAAGAAAAGGAAGCGAAAAGUUAAAGCGGUAUGGGAACCAAAAGAUGAAUCUUCAGAGAGAAAAUCUCAGCUCCCAUGUAGUACUGGAUCUCCAAAGGACACUCCCAAUUCUUCAGUAGCUAGUGCUACUCAGAAGGAUAUGAAGAAGAACCAAAAAGUUAUUCUGGUUGAUAAUCAGAAAAAAUCUGGGGCCAAGAAGGGAAAUUGUGUUAUAAAAACAUCUCGCGAUCGUGGAUCAAAGUUGAUUUCUGUAUCUCCUGAAACGAGUAAAAGAAGUCGUAAACGUAGUCCCGUGAACAACCAAAUUUCUACAGUUCUGUCCAGGGAGGAAUGUAGAACAAAAUCUGAAGAUGAUCAACAAAAUGAUGCGAAUUUCCCUUUGGAAGUGUCCAACUCGUUGCACGAGUUACCUGAACUAGGAGCAGAUGCUGAUAAAACUAUCAUGGAUGAAGAUAUUGUUCCACUUGAAUCUAAGCAGGUCCAUCGAAUUCUGGGUUGUCGAGUGCAGAGUAGUAAACCAUCUUCCGCAUCUCUCAUACAUGGAGUAUCCGAGAUCAAGUCGAUAGGUGUUGCAAGUCACCUGUCUUCUUUGUCGAUAGCAGAAAAUCAUGGUAAUUCGCCAGAAAACAAGUCCAUUGAUGUUAGUGCUACUACUGUUGAGGCUUCCAUGAACCAGAGUUUUGGGGAAACUGUCGGUGAACAUGAUAUAAGAGUGGAUGAAAUACAAACCAACAAAGGAUCUGUGGCCAAUGAACAUGUAGAUGAAGGAGAUGAUGUCAUGGCAAAAAGGAAUGAGAAUGAUAUUAGUGUGGUUGAAAUACAUACUCAGAGAGUUUCUCUUACCAGUGUAUGUAAAGAAGGGGAUGAUGUUAGGGGGAAAAGUGAUGAAAAUCGUAUCAGUGUGGAUGAAAUAUCCACUCUCAAAAGAUCCUUGGCCAAAUGUACAGAUGAAGGAGAUGCAGUUGGCUCAGAUUUUCAAGUUCCUGCUUGUGACGUUCAGGAUAAAUAUUUUGCAGGAGAUACAGAUGUUGGAAAAUGUCCUGAAAACGUUAAAUUGGACAAUAGUAAUGAGCCAUGUGAGGAACAUAGAAGAGAUGUGGUCAUGGAAAUGACGCCAAAUAGAUCUGAGCAAGACAAGAUGAAGGAAUCUGUAGCAGAAGCGGCUUGUCACACCGCUACAAGUACAGUUGUCUAUGAAUUUUUGGUCAAAUGGGUUGGGCAAUCGAAUAUUCACAAUAGCUGGGUUUCUGAAACACAACUAAAAGUUGUGGGGAAGAGAAAACUAGAAAAUUACAAGGCAAAGUACGGAAACACAAUUUUAAAUAUAUGCCAAGAAGAAUGGAGCCAGCCUCAACGAGUGCUCGCUCUUCGUUCUUCAACAGAUGGAGUUACUGAAGCUCUCGUGAAAUGGUUUGGUCUUUCUUACGAUGAAUGCACUUGGGAGAGACUGGAUGAACCUACCAUCAUGAAGGCUUCGCAUCUUGUCGAGGACUUCCAGCAGUUUGAACGUCAAACUUUGGACAAAGAUUCUGCAAAAGAACACGAUGGUAGUGUUAAGGGUGAGCGUCAACAAAGUGAGAUACCUACUCUUUUAGAGCAACCAAAGGAGCUGAAAGGAGGUUUACUGUUUGGGCAUCAACUUGAAGCAUUAAAUUGGUUGCGUAGGUGCUGGCAUAAAUCUAAAAAUGUGAUUCUCGCAGAUGAGAUGGGGUUAGGUAAAACAGUAUCAGCGUGUGCUUUUAUUUCUUCCCUAAAUUUUGAGUUUCACGCUAGGUUGCCUUGUCUUGUCCUAGUUCCUCUUUCUACAAUGCCUAACUGGCUUUCAGAAUUUGCAUUAUGGGCUCCUCAUUUAAAUGUGGUGGAGUAUCAUGGGUCCGCAAAAGCAAGAUCUAUAAUUCGACAGUAUGAAUGGCAUGCCAGUGACCCAGACAACUCUAACAGGAAAACUUCAUCGUUCAAAUUUAAUGUUCUCUUGACUACAUAUGAAAUGAUUCUUGCCGACUCCUCUCAUCUUCGUGGGGUUCCAUGGGAAGUUCUUAUCGUUGAUGAGGGGCACCGUUUGAAGAACUCAGGGAGUAAACUUUUCAGUUCGCUCAACACAUUUUCUUUUCAACACCGUGUACUGUUAACUGGCACUCCUCUGCAGAACAACAUAGGCGAGAUGUAUAAUCUGCUAAAUUUCUUGCAGCCCUCUUCAUUCCCCUCUCUUUCAACAUUUGAAGAGAAGUUUAAUGAUCUUACGACCGCUGAAAAGGUUGAGGAGCUGAAGAAACUUGUUGCACCACAUAUGCUUCGAAGAUUAAAAAAGGAUGUUAUGAAAAAUAUUCCUCCUAAAACUGAACGCAUGGUUCCUGUCGAAUUGUCAUCCAUCCAGGCUGAGUACUACCGUGCAAUGCUCACAAAGAACUAUCAGAUUUUGCGGAACAUUGGAAAGGGUGUUGCUCAACAAUCAAUGCUUAACAUUGUGAUGCAGCUUCGUAAGGUGUGCAAUCAUCCAUAUCUCAUUCCGGGUACUGAGCCCGAUGCUGGUUCUGUAGAGUUCCUUCAAGACAUGCGGAUAAAGGCAUCAGCAAAGUUAACUCUACUGCAUUCAAUGUUAAAGAUUUUGAAAAGGGAAGGCCAUCGUGUCCUGAUAUUUUCACAGAUGACUAAGCUUCUAGAUAUCCUUGACGAUUAUUUGAAUGUUGAAUUUGGCCCAAAAACAUAUGAAAGGGUGGAUGGCUCGGUGUCAGUUGCAGACCGUCAAGCUGCGAUUGCGCGAUUUAACCAAGAUAAGAGUCGCUUUGUCUUCUUGUUGUCUACACGCUCUUGUGGCUUAGGUAUCAAUCUGGCAACUGCUGAUACCGUCAUAAUUUAUGAUUCCGAUUUCAAUCCACAUGCCGAUAUUCAAGCAAUGAACCGAGCUCAUCGAAUUGGACAGUCUAACAGGCUUUUGGUGUAUAGACUUGUUGUUCGUGCUAGUGUUGAGGAGCGUAUCUUGCAGGUGGCCAAAAAAAAACUGAUGCUUGAUCAGCUGUUUGUUAAUAAAUCUGGGUCUCAGAAAGAAGUUGAGGACAUUAUAAGAUGGGGAACAGAAGAACUGUUUAGUGAUUCUUCUGGUGGUAUCGAGAAAGAUACAACUGAUAAUUCUAGCGGCAGACUUGAAGUUACAGAGACAGAGCAGAAACAUCGGAGGAGGACUGGUGGCUUGGGGGACGUUUACCAAGACAAAUGUACGGAUGGAAGCACAAAAAUUUCGUGGGAUGAAGAUGCUAUUUUAAAGUUGCUAGAUCGUUCAAAUCUUCAGUUUGGAUCCUCUGAAGGGGCUGAUGGAGAUAUCGACAAUGACCUGCUUGGUUCAGUAAAGGCAGUGGAAUGGAACGAUGAACCAACUGAAGAACAAGGUGGAAUUGAACCCGUUCCUGCUAUCCCGGGGGAUGUCUCUGAGCCAAGUCCCGAGAAGAAAGAGGAUCCCAUGGUUGGUGUUACUGAAGAAAAUGAAUGGGACCGACUCUUGCGCUUGAGAUGGGAGAAAUACCAAAAUGAUGUUGAAGCAGCUCUUGGUCGAGGGAAGCGCCUAAGGAAAGCUGUUUCUUACAGUGAAACAUUUGCUCCACAUCCAACUGAAACAUUUGGCGAGAAUGGGAAUGGAGUGGAAGAAGUCGAACCAGAGAGGGAAUAUACACCAGCUGGCCGAGCUUUAAAAACAAAAUAUUCAAAGCUUCGUACUCGACAAAAAGAACGUGUGGCUCUAAGUAAAGUGAUCAAAGAAUCUUGCCCUACUAGUGAGGAACAGUUUGGACCUUUGCCACCAACGUCGCCAUCAGUAGAAACUGUUGAAGAGGAGGCUUCAGCCGUUGAUUUGGAGGAUAACAACUCGAACCAGAGUCAACCAGUAGAUACACCAAACAACAAGAACAUGUCAGUGUCGAAACAUAGUAGGACUUCUAAGCAAGGAUUCAGAAGUCGUCUUAGUUAUUCUCUGGACUACCCGCCUGUUAGGCCCCGUGCCCCCCUUUCUCAUGAAUACUAUUUGCAAAGCAUGAAUUCUAUGAGUUAUGUGCCUACCGAUCCAAACCUGUUGCCAGUUUUGGGACUAUGUGCUCCCAAUGCUAGUCAGCUGCAGUCAGCACAGAGGAACAAAAAUGAAAAUUGCAAUCUACCAAGAUUAAAUUCUGGUAAAAUCAGAGCAGGCACAAGUUUACCUGAUUUUCCAUUCCAUCUUAAUUCUGGUGCUGAAGCUUCAUCUGGAAGGAAGACUAAAGGUAAGGAAAUUGCUGAAGAGACAGCGGAUGUCUUACCUAGUUGCCUCAAAAGCAGCAUCCCUGAUGGUGGUUUUCCAUUUAGUUCGGGGCCUCCUGCACACACUCUAGGAAAUGUUUCCAAUCCUCUUGAUAGUUCAGCUACUGAUUUCCCUUCAUUGCAAGAAAGAAUGACACUUCCCAAUUUAGGUUUUGAGAAAAGAGAGAUGCCCAAGUUCUGGGAUGCGCUGAAGAAUGCUCCGAAGUCUUACGCCGACUUAUUUCCUUCCUUAUCCCUAGGACCUAGACAGGAAGAUCCAAUUGAUUUAUCCACAAUGCCGUUGCUACCAAAUUUCAGAUUGGGGUCACAAGAUGGACCAAAUAACAAUCAGCCACUGAGAGAGGUACCACCUCCGACGUUGGGUUUAGGUCAGAUGAGGUCCACGUAUCCUUCAUUACCCGAAAAUCAUAAGAAGGUUCUAGACAAUAUAAUGAUGAGAACUGGAUCUGCAUCUGGAUCAGGAUCAAGCAACUCGUUUAAGAAGAAACCGAAGAUGAAUACUUGGUCUGAAGAUGAACUUGAUAGUCUCUGGAUUGGUGUUCGUAGAUAUGGACGCGGUAACUGGGACACCAUGCUCAGAGAUCCCAAGCUGAAGUUUUCGAAAUACAGAACCGUUGAGGAUCUUUUUGAUAGGUGGGAGAAAGAGCAACUGAAAAUCUUCGAUGAUGGAACUUUUGUAAAUCCAAAAUCAGUGGCAGGAAGAUCUAAUAAAUCAGCUAACUCAUUUCCAGGAAUUUCUGAUGGAAUGAUGACAAGGGCACUUCAAGGAAGUAGACUUGUUGGUCUUGCGUCAGAUAAUUGUCCACCCCCUAGAUUUCGAAGUCAUCUGACAGAUAUGAAAUUGGGCCUUCUACCUCCUGCCGAUCCAAAUCAUCACAUUACCAAUGACCUAUCAAACAGUCUUAGGCGGAAUUGCAUUGGGGAUUUUACCUCACCAGCCUCUGAUAGACCGGGGACUUCUUCAAACAUUCACUUAGAGCAGCAAAUUUUACUAAAUUCUAAGGGAAGCAGUAGCUUGGGUUCAAUGGGCAUGAACUGCUUGAGUAAUUCAGAUUUACGGCAAAACCAAGAGGUUUCAAAUAAAUAUGCCAAAUUGCCCAAUUACAUGGAUAGAUCUUUGAGUUCUUUGCGUGAUUUCCAUAAUUUUGUGCGGAAUGAGGAGUCAACAAGGACCGAGUUGCUGAAUAACCCUGAUAGGAAAAUGAAAUUUGGGCCUUUUGAUCCUUCUUUAAUAAAGGAUGAUCUGGGUGGGAGUAGUAGUACUUCUACGGUGAGCAGACUUCCUCAUUGGCUUCGAGAAGUUGUCAGUAUCAAUCCAGCAAGGCCACCUCAGCCUGACCUUCCACCAACAGUCUCAGCAAUAGCUCGCUCGGUUCGCCUACUCUACGGGGAAGAAAAUCCCUCCAUUCCUCCGUUUACAGUCCCAGGCCCUCCUCCUUGCCUGCCGAAGGAUCCACGCAAACAUAUGAAGAAAAAAAGAUUGCGUAAGCUCAAGCCUAAAACACAUGACAAGAUGGACUUUCCAAGUCUGCGUCUUGGUGACAGCUCUGCGUCAUGCUCCUCCACUCGGUUAGCACCUCCAACAGUAGCUGCUAUAAGUUCAUCAGGAUCCCCGUGGAUUGAACCCAACCAUCCUUCUCUUAACCUGAAUCUGAUGAAUUCUCCUUCACCCUCGUAUCUAAACCAUUCUACCGAACCAGGAGUGUUCCCCUCUUCUGAGGUGUUGCAGCCAGUAGCAUCAUCAUCUUCUUGUGUAGCUCCUCCAAGAACCGCAAAAGAGGAUUUUCUCCUUCCUAGUAUGGCAGGCUCAUCUGGCGGCUUCCUUGAGAGCAAGCUUCCUUCAUUGAAUGCUUUGGAAACUGUUGGAGACGAGGAAACCCCGGACUUGAAAAGCUUAGAGAAGGCUGCUGCAAGGUUAAGUCCCUUACUGGGUAGUGGCAAUUAUAGUCUGGUGCAGCUUCCUGAUGAGGCAAAAAUUGAUCAAAAUGGAAGUGAAGAUGAUUCAAGCAAGAGGCAAUCCGAUCCGUCUCAGAAUGGUCGUCCAGAAAUAGUAGAAGUAUCUUCAGAAAAGACCAAGCCAGAAGACCAUACUCAGACAGGAGAGAGUGAACAGCAACCUGAGGAACCAUGUGGAACAUUUCUUUCACCAGCAAAAUAUCCGCAGACAGGAGAGAGUGAACAGCAACCGGAGGAACCGUGUGGAUCACUUCUUUCACCAGCAAACUAUCCGCAGACAGGAGAGAGUGAACAGCAACCGGAGGAACCAUGUGGAACAAUUCUUUCACCAGCAAAAUAUCCGCAGACAGGAGAGGGUGAGCAGCAACCAGAGGAACCAUGUGGAACAACUGUUUCAGCAGCAGAAUAUCCGCAGACAGGAGAGAGUGAACGGCAACCGGAGGAACCAUGUGGAACAAUUCUUUCACCAGCAAAAUAUCCGCAGACAGGAGAGGGCGAGCAGCAACCAGAGGAACCAUGUGGAACAAUUCUUUCAGCAGCAGAAUAUCCGCAGACAGGAGAGAGUGAACGGCAACCGGAGGAUCCAUGUGGAACAAUUCUUUCACCAGCAGAAUAUCCGCAGACAGGAAAGAGUGAACAGCAACCAGAGGAACCGUGUGGAACAAUUCUUUCACCAGCAGAGUAUCCGCAGACAGGAGAGAGUGAACGGCAACCGGAGGAACCAUGUGGAACAAUUCUUUCACCAGCAGAGUAUCCGCAGACAGGAGAGCGUGAACAGCAACCAGAUGAACCAAGUGGAACAAUUCUUUCACCGGCAAAAUAUCAGCAGACAGGAGAGACUGAACAGCAACCAGAGGAACCAUGUGGAACAAUUCUUUCACCGGCAAAAUAUCCGCCGACAGGAGAGAGUGAACAUGAACCAGAGGAACCUUGUGGAACAAUUCUUUCACUAGUAAAAUAGUAUAUACUAUACUGAGAGAUCAAGAAGAUCCCUAAAACCAAAUCUCAAUUUUUGUUAGUCCGAUUCGACAGUGUUAAAGUAGUCAAGUAGCAGGGUCAUUUAGGACUAAGCAUCUCGUGUAAAAUUUCUGUAAGAAAAAUAGUUGAUAUAUAUUCCGGUUGUUAUAUUUAAGUGUUCUUGUUUUUCUGAUGUAAUUAAUUACGCUCUGAACAAGGGCUGGUAUUGAGAUACUUGCAUCUGUAAACUAUUUCUUCCCAGUGUAUCCUGAUGUGGUUUUAUACUGCA